AUGCCGAAAUCCCAGUCCUCUUACUUCGACACCACCCGACGUCGCCACGAAGACGACGAGGACGAUGAUGACCCCUCCGGCGACGAGCACACCGGCCUCCAAUCCCCCUACACCGGCACCAGCUCCCCCGUCUACCGCCGCUCCCGUCCCCGUACCGCCCGCUCAUCCGAUCUCGACCUCCACACCCAUAUCCCCACCAAGCCCUCCAACCAUGUCGACGAGCGCUCCAGCCUGCUGCACGCCCGCGACGGCGGCGCGAACCGGUCGUACAUGAGCGUCCCGGGCACGCCGCGGGGGCCGCCGCAUCUGAGCCGACAGAACAGCGUCCGGUUUCCGAGGAACCAUAGCCGAGUGGGCUCGUUCGGGGCGCGGUUGGCGAACGCGCUGAUCGCCGACCGGACGCCGGGGGCGGAGGCGUUGCAGGAUUCCAAGGCCUCUCUCUACCAUGAUAAUCGAGUGUGGUACGAUCAGUUCACGUCGACGGACUGGGUGCACGAUAGCAUUGCGGAUGCGUACCGGGUGAAAGAGCUGCGGAGCAGAAAGGACAUCCGGGGGAGGAUCGAGGCGUGGUUUGAUGGCGCGCAGGGUUGGCUGUUGGUGGGAAUCAUCGGGUGCAUCACGUCGGCGAUCGCGUAUUUCGUGAACGUGAGCGAAUCGCUGCUGUUCGAUUACAAGACGGGGUAUUGCUCGUCGGGGCUCUAUAUGAACAAGAAGAGCUGCUGCGCGGGGGCGAGUCAAUGCGUGGAUUGGAAGCACUGGUCGGAUGUGAUCCAUAUCGGCGGUUUGAGCGCGGAAGCAGUCGAGUACUUAUCCUACCUGCUGAUUGCGGUCCUUUUUGCAGCGGCGGCCUGCGUUCUCACGCUUACGACCAAGACCGUGAUCCCGUCCAGUAUCUCGCUUUCCACUCUCGAUGAGAAUCUUGCCGCGGAGAACCGAAGCGAUGAUGUCGACGGCAAGAAGAGUACAUUGCCAACUCAAAAGCACGGCAAGUCUCAAGGUCGUGGGCCGAUGGUCUACUAUCCGGCUGCUGGAAGUGGCGUUGCGGAGGUCAAGGUCAUCCUGAGCGGAUUCGUUUUGCACGGGUACCUCGGUGUCAAGACAUUAGUGGUAAAAACCAUUGCCCUGGUUCUCGCCGUUUCAUCUGGACUGGCUUUAGGGAAGGAGGGGCCAUAUGUCCAUAUCGCGACAUGCGUUGGGAACAUUGCCUGUCGUCUCUUCUCCAAGUACAACCACAACGAUGGGAAACGACGAGAAGUCCUCAGCGCGAGCGCCGCCAGCGGUGUAGCCGUGGCCUUCGGUGCACCCAUCGGAGGUGUCCUUUUCGGUCUCGAAGAAGUCAGCUACUACUUCCCUCCGAAGACCCUCUUCCGCACAUUCUUCUGCUGUAUCGUUGCCGCGCUAUCUCUCAAGUUCCUCAACCCCUACGGCACCCACAAGAUCGUCAUCUUCGAAGUCCGCUACCUCACCGACUGGGAGCUCUUCGAAAUGGUGGCCUUCGUCAUCCUCGGCAUCCUCGGCGGCGCUCUCGGAGCCCUCUUCAUCAAGGCUUCCGGCCUUUGGGCCAGAACCUUCCGUCGUAUCCCCUUCAUCAGGAAGUGGCCCAUGCUCGAAGUCAUGCUCGUCGCCCUACUCACCGGUCUCAUCAGCUACUGGAACCGCUACACCAAGCUCCCGGUCACGGAACUCCUCUUCGAGCUCGCCUCUCCCUGCGACGCCUUCACCGAGAGCGGCACCGGUCUCUGCCCUACCAAAGACCAGAUCCCCACCGUCAUCGGAUAUCUCUGCAUCGCCUUCAUCAUCAAAGCCUUCCUAACCACCAUUACCUUCGGCAUCAAGGUGCCCGCAGGGAUCUACGUCCCCUCCAUGGUUGUCGGCGGCAUCCUCGGCCGCAUCGUCGGCCACAUCGUCCAAUACAUCGCCCUCACCUACUCCCACACCGGAUUUUUCGGGCCCCGCUGCUCCGCCGACGCCUCCCCCGAAAACUGCGUCGUUCCCGGCGUCUACGCCCUCGUCGCCGCCGGCGCGACCAUGUGCGGCGUCACCCGCCUCUCCGUCACCCUCGCCGUGAUCCUCUUCGAACUCACCGGGUCCCUCGACCACGUGCUCCCCUUCUCCAUCGGCGUACUCGUCAGCAAAUGGACCGCCGACGCGCUCGAGCCACUCUCUAUCUACGACCUGCUCACCGACAUGAACUCCUACCCGUACCUCGACAACAAGGUGCGCCCGCUAUUCACCUCCGAGCUGGCCGACCUCGUGUCCCCGCGCCUCCACCGCCACCGCGUCAUUGACAUCACCGACCGGCCGACCGUACCCGCAGGCGUGCUGCGCAAGAAGCUCGAGCAUCUGCAUCUGGCGGGCGAAUUGGACGGCGGGCUGCCGCUGGUACAGGACGGCGUACUAGUAGGGUUGAUCCCGGCGCCGGAUCUGGAGUUCGCGCUCGAUCGGCUGGAGGAUCGGCUGGGGCCAGCGCGAUUCGAUGAGCAUGAGUGCAUGAUGAGCACGGUGGUGCGGUGGGCGGAGACGGGGGAGGAGGAGCGGGAUCGGGGGCGGAGGCGGCGGGCGUCGGUAAGGGAGGAUGAGGGGGAGGGGGAGGUGGUGGAGGAGGAGGAUUUCACGGCGUUCAUUGAUCCGGCGCCGGUGAGUUUGGAUUACCAUAGUCCGAUGGAUUUAGUGUACGAGUGUUUUGUGAAGUUGGGGUUGCGAUAUAUCUGCGUCUUGCGGGACGGGAAAUAUGUCGGGUUGGUCCACAAGAAGUCCUUCGUGCAAUACAUCAAAACGCUCGAGCAAGAAGACGGCGACCAGAGGAAGAAACCACGGCGGAUCUUCCGGCUUUGGCAUUGA